AUGGAUUUCAACCUGCUGACGGACUCAGAAGCUCGCAGCCCUGCUCUGUCCCUCUCGGAUUCUGGGACCCCUCAACACGAACACAGCUGCAAGGGGCAGGACCAUAGUGACACAGAGAAGUCCCAGCAGAACCAGACUGAUGACUCCAACCCCGAGGACGGCUCCCUGAAGAAGAAGCAGCGGAGGCAGCGGACUCACUUUACCAGCCAGCAGCUCCAGGAACUGGAAGCUACCUUCCAGAGGAACCGCUACCCAGACAUGAGCACCAGGGAGGAGAUAGCAGUCUGGACCAACCUGACCGAGGCACGAGUCCGGGUCUGGUUUAAGAACCGCAGAGCCAAGUGGAGGAAACGAGAAAGGAACCAGCAGGCAGAGCUUUGUAAGAACAGUUUUGGAGCUCAGUUCAAUGGACUGAUGCAGCCUUAUGAUGACAUGUAUUCCGGCUAUUCGUAUAACAACUGGGCUACCAAAGGGCUUGCUACCAGCCCCCUGUCAGCCAAGAGCUUCCCCUUCUUCAACUCCAUGAAUGUCAGCCCCCUCUCCUCCCAGCCCAUGUUCUCCCCUCCCAGUUCCAUUGCUUCCAUGACCAUGCCUUCCUCCAUGGUCCCCUCAGCAGUGACUGGCGUGCCAGGAUCCAGCCUCAACAACCUGGGAAACAUCAACAACCUCAACAGCCCAAGCCUCAACUCUGCCGUUUCAUCCAGUGCCUGCCCUUAUGCCUCCACCGCCAGCCCCUACAUGUACAGGGACACGUGCAACUCUAGCCUGGCCAGCUUGAGGCUGAAGGCCAAGCAGCAUGCCAACUUCACCUACCCAGCGGUUCAGACGGCAGCUUCCAACCUGAGCCCCUGCCAAUAUGCCGUGGACAGGCCCGUAUGAAGGGCCACCUUCCACCAACCAGGGACUCGACCUUAGCCUGAUGAAAGGAGACCUUUAGCCCUACAACAGCGUACGCCCUG